CGCUAGACUCCCGCGUCCGCAUGAAUUUAAAUUCGCGAACGCCGACUGCGUCUUUUUUUUUCAUAACAUACACACGCAUUACAAAAGUUCUCGAUUCGGACGUACAGAGUGUUGGACAAUCAGAUGGCAGGAUGAAAUGUUGGAUUAGUUUGCUAGAUACUGUUUGUUUUUUUGGUUAAUAUAUAGCUUAGUGAUGUGAUUUUUUUGUGAAAAGAAAUAGGAAUAUAAAAUAUGACAUUGUUGUGGAUUUUGGAGGUUGUUUUUGUUCUCAGUUUUUUAAUUGGAGAAGUGUUCCCCUUAAAAAAUGUCCUACUAACAAUUGAACCGCAAGUGGUACCAAUAGGAAACAGCUCCACCUUAAAAUGCACGUACGACUUACAAGACGAUGCCCUCUAUACAGUAAAAUGGUACCGAGGAGUGUACGAAUUUUAUAGAUAUACGCCCAGUGAGCACCCCAAGAGCCAAAAGAUAUUUCCCUAUAAAGAAAUAAAUGUCGAUGAGAGUGCAUCGAAUUCCACUCAAGUGGUACUUCGAAAUAUCGAUUUCAUACUCUCUGGGAAUUUCACGUGCGAAGUUACGACAGACGCUUCGCAUUUAACAACUGGAUAUGACACAAAGCCCAUGCUUGUAGUGCAAACACCGGAGACCGCUCCAACAAUCAGCGUUUUCGGUGAACCCCUAGACUAUGGGGAUAUAUUACGGGCUAACUGCUCCAGUCCUCCAGCAAGGCCCAGAGCGAGCUUGACGUUUUUUCUCAAUAACUAUACGGUAGCGAGAAGUGAACCAUUACUACCACACCAUUACCAGAAAUCCGAAUGGAGCGAUCUGUCGUUGGUGAUAAGGCUUUACGAAGAACACUUCAGUGGGGGAAGACUCGUCCUCCGGUGCGUUGCAGACGUUGAAAAUGUCUACCAUGAAGAGGCUGUGCUCAAGUUAGGCAGCGUCCGCGAACCCGUCCCAGAAAGAGUGAGUGCACAAAACACUGCAAUAUCUUCGUCACAGCAAGUGAUACUUCGAAUAAUUGUUUUUGUGAAUAUAAUGUUAUUGUCAAGUUAGGAAAAAAAAGUAAAAUCUACGUGCGAAAUUCUCUGUACACUCAUUUUAACUGUCAAACCUGAACCACAUUCAUCGAAAAUAUCAAUUUUGUCAACAAUCGCUGAAUCGCCAUUUUUCAUAAUGUACAUAGUAUGUGUGUUUUUUUUUUCAGUUAAAUCUUGUUAGACAAUAAAAAAACUUAUUUUCGAAUUUAUUAAAUAUUUUAUAGAUGCCUAACAAGAAUAUAAUUAUAGAAGUUUCAUUGAAUACAAACAAGUUAUAAAAGUAAGUUUAAGAAACCGACUUCAAAAUCGUGCAAAUGCCAUUCAUUGAGUUUUCUGAUUUUCUCAUAGAUCGUAAUAUCAGAUCUUGACCAAAUGUGUAUGUGACUACUUACGAGGUAUACCCUUUCUAAUAAAAAAGAAUUAUAGAAAUCGGACAAACUGGUAAAAAAUUAUCGCUACCUAUACAUAAAAAAUUAAGAGUUUGAUGAUAUUCUCAUGGAUCCCCUUUCCAAAUUUAUAUGGUACCAGAGAUAUCUCCUUUCUAACAAAAAAUCAUAUAAAUCGGACAACGUUGAACGUUGAAGAAAAUUAUCGCUGAACAUACAUUAAAAAAUAUAUGUAUUCCGACGAAUUGAGAACCUCCUUCCUUUUUUGAAGUCGGAUUAAGGUAGCUUUAUUAUGUUAAGAAUUACUUUGAUUUCAAUGCAAUAUUAUCUUUUUUAUAAUUUCAUAAAAUUAAAUAUGAUGAAUUUCACCUAAAAAAAAAAUAAAGUUCGGGGUUAUUUAUCCUCUUACACUACUAAAAUAACUAUAAUUUUUGAAUAUUGAUCCACUAGCUCUUGGAUCGUCUACUUCUAUUGCCCCGGAUACCAUUAUCAUCUUCUGCUUCCUUGCCCAAAUCGAACCCCAAGAAAACUGGUCUGAAAUUGCCUUUAAAUAACCAAUAAACUGGCAAGAGCAAUUAAUAAUAAGUGGUAGGUACAAAAAGUAGUCAAGUUAUAACAUGGCUAACCUCUGCUUAUAGGUAUAAAAUAUACUAAAUUUUCUAGUUCCAAAAAUAGUAAGGUUAGACUCAACUUACUUGUUUAUAAUAGUAUUUUACAUAACAAGAGUAGUAAGAAGCUAAUUACAUGCGAGUAGAAAAGUUGCGCACGAGCCGUGUCAGCAGCGAGUGCAGUAAUUUUACAAGCAUGUAAUUGCUCUUACAACUCCAAUAAUGUAGUAUACUUUAUCUACAACCACUAUCAUACAUUCAAUGCCGAAAAACCAAGAAUAGAAGAAUAUAUGAUCAUGUUGUGAAUGAUUAUCAGGCAUUUUACAAUUUGCCGAAAACGAUGCCGUCAAAACGUGAAAAUAAAGUCGAAAAUACCACUAAAUAUAAAUAAUACAAUUACAGUAAAUCUUUAUAUUAAGAAAACAUAAACAGUUAACACUUCAUGAUAUAAAAAUAUACCUGUUGACUUUAGUAACUACCUAACAGAAAUAUGAAACUGCAUUUAAAAAAAUCCUUUAAAAAUAAUAAAAUAUUCUUAUAAUUUAACAUUCAAUAGGUAAUAAUGUACCUACGCUAUUACUAAUAUAAAAGUAUAAAAAUUGUUAUUAUUAUUUUUAAAACAAGCACAUUUUUUGUGUUGCAGUGUUUACUACUAGCCUUACAGCUAUAUUUUUGAAAGCCUUGACCUCCGAAUCGUGACUGAUAUGCAACGGCCCUUCUAAGAGUAAUUAGUCGAUCAGGAAAUUCAUCUUCAAAACCUACUGAGGAUUCUUGAGUAUCAUUUCUAGAAAAUAUAGUUUUAAUAAUUCCUUUAGAGGCUAUUUUUCAGGUCAAUCACUUUUCCAAUGAUAUUCUUAGAAUCAAGAGGUCCUCUAUCUACCUUAGGAUAUCUUAAAUAAACAUAUGAUCCGAUUGCAAUCGACUUAAAUUUUUUGUUGGAUGCCUCAGUCAUUUUUUCAGCGGCUCUUUUUUGACCAGAGUAAGAUUGUUUUCUCUGAAUUUCAAUUUUAUUUUUAGUUGCACAAAGUGAACAAAUCCUUGUAUUUAGUUCUGAAGAUGGUCCUGAAUUUAAAAUUGUACAAUUUGAAUGUAUCGUGGCAUUACAUAUCUCACAAGUGAAUUUACUUUAUCACUUAUAGUCUCAGACGCAUUCUCUUCCAUAUUGUCCAGUUGAAUGCUACCCUCUGAACCCGAUUAUCUUCUGAUAUUUCCAGAUCAGUAUUGUUGGUUCGUAAAGGAUUCAUAACAUCGUCAAAUUCUUUUUUUAUCCAAAGUUCUUUAAUUACAGAAUCUGGCAGGUUUUGACUGUACAAAAUACCACCGCAUGGACAAAUUUGUGCAGGAGUAAUCGGACAUCCAGAAACGAAGCAUAGUCUUAACAUCUUAAUUAUUUCUUUAUAAUACAACCUGGCUUUGAGGGUGACAUGGCCUGCCAUGAACAAUUUUGAAAUCAGGCCAAUAGCCAACAAUUUGUUCUAUUACCGAAGCAGUAAAUUCCCGACCAUUGUCACUUUGCAAUAUGUGCGAUACUCCAAACUCUGCAGUAGGUUUGGUACGUAAAGGGCGAAGAUGCAAAAAUUUUGUAGCAUGGUCUUGAUUAGAAGCCAUUUAUAGUUUUCGUCAGGAGCAGAUUAAAAAAUCUAUCAAAUCUAUUUGACUGCGAACAUUAAAAUCUUUAAAUAGGAUUGGUCGCAUAACCAAUCCCUUAUGAGGUUGCUAUUUUUUAAGCUGACAUUACUUGCAUAGUGAAAUAAAAGGUUCUACUGCUUUUCUAGGAAUGUUUUUUAAUGCAAAUAUCACCAUGACACCUGACACCAUGACCUAUGAAUCGGUAAGAUUCUAGCAACACAUCCGAACACUGUUCUAUGGAAAUCAUGUAAACAAUACGUUGAUCAAGACAACUUCGUUUUACGACUAAAUGUUCAUCAGUACCGAUAGAUAUUGUAUAUUUUCUUAAUAAAUGAUACAGCUUAUUAUUUGUUUUUUCUUACCUGUUUAGUCAGCUAAUUUACCAUGCUUAGUGUCUG